CUCUAGGAGUAGCGGUGGGAGCGGAGGUGUUUAUACUGAAUAAAGUCUAAAUAAAGUAUAAGUAUAAGUUCAGCUUUAUUACUGCCCAAAAGUACAAUGUCCAAACCAUCAGCCAAGAAAAAAGAUUCGUCCUCCGGGAGCCGCGUCUCUUCUUCACAAGGACCCUCACCUACAAAAGAGGUAUCCUCACUAGUGGUCGGUUCCUCUGACGGUCUGGCUGAACUGAGGAGAACCUGCUUUCCUCUCUGGCCUGAUUGGAACGACACUGAAGUCAAUGCAGAGAAAUGGGAAGCAGUAAGAGGAUCCAAGGAUGGCAAGACCGGAAAGAGUCCACUCAGUCAAUUGUUUGAUGACCCAGAUGGAAGGGUUGAGAUGCCGGCGUCUUUGAAAGUUCAUGUUUGGAAACGUCCGUCUGAGUUUAUAGUAAACAAGGCCCCAGUUGUGGUUGAAAAUGAAUCAACAUUUGAUCUCGCGUCAGCCAAUGAGCACUUGCUUUCCAGUGAGAUCAUGCGCUCCAUCAUCAGUGAGAUCUACGUCGUGUGGAAAGUGUGCAACACAACAGCAAACAAGGACAGGGUGAGCAUCGUGGAUCCAAACCCGAGUUCCUGGAGGCCGUGGGAACACAUCUACUCCCUGUGUAAAGUUGCAGACGGACACGUACCUCUGUAUAACAUCUAUGGGAAAUAUGUGGUCAGACUCUACUGGAUGGGUUGCUGGAGGAAGAUAACAAUCGACGACUUAUUACCGUUUGAUGAAAAGAAUAAUCUGUUGCUCCCGGCUACCACCAACCAAUCAGAACUCUGGCCUAUGCUGCUGGCUAAGGCCAUACUUAAGUUAGCCAAUACGGAUGUGGUCCAGAAUCCUGGAAGAGAGCUUGGAGAGUUUACCAUCAUCCACAGUCUAACCGGCUGGAUUCCAGAGCCAAUCCCUCUACAAUCUCGGCAUGUAGUAAAAGUGUGGGAUUACCUGUGCGAGACCAUUCCUAAAUUACAGCAGAUGGAGGAGAGCUCAGAGGGUGGAACCACGUCAGCAGACCUGACUGCUAACGGAGACGUACAGGACAAGGAUGAUAGCAGCGACUCUAGUUCAAGCAAGGAAAUUCACAAAGGCAGUGGACCUCCUCCUGCUCCUCAGAUGGUCGUGUGUGCCAGUUACCAGCCGUUGCACCUGCAGGAGAAGAAGACCUCAGUGCUGAGCCAGAUGGCCGACUCAUCGGAGACCCUGCGGCAGUACGGACUCUCUCAGCUCCAAAGUCACUCAGUGUUGCUGACAUGCACCCGUGACUGCCCCCUGGUGCCAGUUGUAAAAACUCCCCCUGCACAUUGCUGGAAACUCGUCCGGCCUUGGAAGGAGAUCAAGGUUACAGCUGAACCAAAAGUAGCUCCGGUUGAGAGACCACAGCAGUACGUAGAGGUUCUGAGUCCUUUCAUCAACUCCAAACUGAUCACACCAUCGCCUCUUACACUUAAUUGUCGGACGAACGGCCACAGGAGACGCACUCUUAGUUCUAAUCUGCCUUCAUUCUCCGAGUCGGAAGAGAACGAGGACCCGGACUCCGCCCAGCUCGGCGUCAAACACAACAACUCGCUGGAUGGCACAGACUCUGAGGAAACAGCAGAGGACAAAAAGGGAGACAACGGCAUCACUGAUGAUGUUGUGGAAGCAGAUCCUGACAAGGACAAAGAGAGACACGAUGAGGAAAAUGUCAAGGAAAAUCAAGAAGUGCAGAAGAAGCCUCUUCUUCAGGAGACCUGGGUCCACAUUCAGGACUUUACCAAGUGCUUUCAGACACUGGUGGUUUUCCACAAGCCACACACCUACACUCACCAGUUCCAGACAUCCCAGUUUAAGAGCUUUUUAUCUAAACCUACCAGCACUGUGUUGUCCAGCCCGGUGGCAUCUACCAUCUCCACAGCCUCUGUUAAACUGGUGCCCACUUCUGCAUCUGCACUGACCGGGAACACCCACUAACAGCGUUCGGACGAGAAAGGCUCCCAGUUCUUGCUAGUGGAUAACCUGAUAGCUACAGAGAUUCUCAUUGGCUUCUCAGCACUGCUUCACUGGGGAGAAAACCAGUACACGUCUAGGCCUGGUGUUCUCACAGCUGAACUUUAUUCCUGGAAGAGCAUGAAAUUACAGGUCCCUAAACUUCACAUUCAGACCACUUCAUGCAAAGCAGCGCUGCUCACCCUGCCACCCGGACGGCAUGUUCUUCGUAUCCAGAUGAGGGCACCGUUAGGUUUUAGCCUGCAUCUUUGCAGCAUGACACCCUUCAUAUUUGGAGAAGAGGACACACUGAUGCCACAUCUUAAUAAGGAAAGUCUAAGGUUCUGUGAACAGGCUGUGUUGAUUCUCAAAGCUCUGGGUGAGGUGAUCAACUGCUUUACGAAUCAAGAGAAAUUCCCAUCAGCCACCAGGGCACUGGAGGACAUUGUCCAGCCACUUUCAUAUGGCAAAAUGGCAAACCGAGAGCACUUAAGGGUCUUUAAUCAGGCGGUGUAUCACAUGUUCUGUUCUGUGCUUGGACGCAAGCUGACCUCUGAUGAGCUGUUCGCAGUACAAACCCUGACCGGAGACCCCACACCUCACUCCAGUGAUGCCAAGGACUCUGACGCAUCAUCAACAGAUCCAGCGGUUUGGAGCGGUAGGCAGGCCACGGAACGGGAGAAGCAGGCAGCAACAAUUCUGCAGGCUCGCUGGAAGGGUUACCUGGUAAGAGAGAUCCUCAACGCCGCAAGUCCAGGAUCUGAGGAGAAUCAGAAAGUUGCUACAACUCUGUUGGAGAUGUGGACUGCUGUCGAAUCAGAUCCAGAGAAGCAUGCUGUGACAUUAUUGAGUUACAUGAUCAGGAACAGUGAGCAAAUGGUGACGCUGUACCCUUGCGGUGAGGAUGAGUGGACCAGAAUAACCUUUACUGAUUACUCAGUCCCUGUCCCUGAGAUGACCAACUCCUGGACCCUGCUUUUCAGAGAAGUGUUCCACGUUCCAAAAUCCAUGCUACUAGUACCCAAGGUAUACUCCCCCCUUCCUGCCUGCCGCCUGCACGUCAUCAACAAUGACACCGGAGAGGAAAUACCUCAAAUCUUUCACCACGUAGAGCCAUACGUAUACACACCAAACAAGUUCGGCUACACGUUUGUGGCGGAAGCGUACACUGGAGACAUGCCGCUAGGAGGAGAGAAAUGGAGGAUGCGUUUGAUAGCUUCUCGAGAGCCUCUGCCUCAGCUAGCUAGAGGCACAGCUUCCAGCAACUUCUCCAUGAAAGAGUUCAAAGAUUACUACAUACCUAACAAGAAGAACGUUAUCUGCAGGCAUGCAGUGAAGGUGUCACAUGAUCAUGUCGCCACGGUGCAGUUUCAGACUUCAAGUGCAGAUGUUCAUAUCAAACUCAGCAUCCUGGACCAUGAAACCGAGGUGACCAGCAAACAGGGCAAAGGUCACGUCAUCAUCCCUGUCUACUGCUUCUUAGCCAACAGUGGCUCCUCUGAAAGCUCAGAGGCACAUGUGGGGGUGAGUCAGACUCAGGAUGGCCCUGGCGGGGGUCAGAAAGGAGGUGGAGGAGCAUCUGAGUGUCAUCCUGCCCAAACGUGUCAUAAGUACAUUGUUCAGGCAGAGGUGCUUCAUAACAGCUGGCCUUUGGAUAACUCACUGACAGGAUUCAUCCAAACCCUCAGAGAUCUGGAGCGCAACGAAAUGAGAGUGGGCAAAGAUAAGACAGAGGAUACGGCCACAAAUGCAGACCAACCAGACACUGAGGGUCAGAAACUGGCCGUGCCGAAAACCACCCGCAAGACUAAGGAAAAGGAGAAGCCUACAACCACUCCUGGAUCCAGGAUUGAACAAAACCUGGACACGAGUAAGCCCCACUGGACGUUGCGUGUGGUGAGCGAGCAGUCGGAUGCGGAGGGAAUUGAAGUAAGAAAGGAUACAGAGAGACUGGACCAGAUCAAAGCCAUCAAACAAGCCUGGGAAGCUGCAGAACCUGGACGAGCAGCUAAGGCUCUCCAGACUCGCCAGAAGUUCCUGCACAAACUUUCAGGACAGCUCGGUGAAGACACACCAGAGGAAGCUAGGCCAGCCACUGCUGACACAGGUGUUCAGUCUGUGAGUGCUCCACAGAACUACAGUUUUAACAUGGACAUCAUUGCACCCUUCAUCAGAACGACUGGAAAGCAGGUUCGCUUGAAAGAUGCUCUGGUAGAGGAGGAGCAAAGAAGGGAGCGAAUGGAAAAGAUCCAGAGUUAUCAGCUGCUCCGACAGACAGUCUUGGAACGUCGAAAGCAAGAGUCGACCUCCCGCAAGAAACUGAUUAAGAGACAGUUGGAGAUGAAUGAUGAUUUUCAGCACAUCAGAAAGGAGCAAAUAAGUGAGAUGCAGAGGUACCAGCGGCUCCGAGAGACAGUGCUGGCAUCCCAUAAGCAGGACUCAACCUUAGGCAAAGAACUGGUCAAAAGACAGUUGGAGAUGGACAAUGAUUUCCAGGUGGCUCUAGCUGAAAAGUUCCUGCUGGCACAUGAGGUGCUCAGAUCCUGCCUACUGGAGGAGGACUGUCAGAAGACAGAAGCGGAGUUAGCACUGGAGCCAGAACAUCAUGUAGACUUAGAACAGCUUAAAAAUGGGCUUAAGAAAAAGUGAACAGAUUGGCUAAACUUUAUUAAUUAAUUACAAACUGAUGGUAAGAGAUAGUAGUAUUUUAGUGUAGCACAGUUCACUAUUUCAUGUAUGAUUUUUACUACUAGUUGCACAGUAGAACAUUGGAUUUUAAUUUCUGAUUAAUGAGGCAGGGUAGCAACGUUUAAACCCUAUUUCCAGAAAAGUUAAGAUAUCUUGUAUAA